AUUCCUUGACGGAUAUGACGUAAAAUCAGGACAUCGCACCGGUGCUUUAAAUUUUCGUAAAUUACUCAACUAUUACUUUGAAUUUUCAAAUGAUAACAUAGUAUUUAUAUAAAACUUCAAUUAAUAUAGUACAAUUUCCUAAAAGCCUAACAUUAAGUGUUUUAGUGUUUGUUUAUGCAACGCCUGGUUACGAUGAAUAUCUGACUUGCGCACUGGCGAGAGAAGUGUUUCCUGUCGGAAAUAAAACAGAAGGAAAUAGUUCCUUUAUUACCAGCCAUUAGUGUAAUUUAUAAAUGUUUACAAAAUAACAUCGCACACACUUUGUGCCCUCGUGACUCUUUUCUUGAUGAAACUAGAAGAAAUGAUGAUUUAUCUGCAAAUAUUGAAAUAAUUAAAUAAAAGUUAUUAAUGUGCGAAAGUAGUUCCCUUUGAUGGACAGCUGAAAUAAUUUUUCGAGAGAAAGAAAAAUUGGAUUAUAAACUGACUUCUCUCGUUUCUAUAUUAUGUUAAUUAAACAUGGGCACAAAAAGUAGAAUUUGGCACUGGUGAACCUGUAUUUCCAUCCAGUUUUUGUGUCCAGGGAAACGUGAAGGCAUGUUAACUUGAAACCAUGAACUGUGAACCAGUGUGUUGUAUAGAGAUAGCACACUACCAUCUUUCCUUUCCAGUUGUAGGCUUUUUAAAGUAAUUGAAUUGAGAUUUAAAGUAAUUAGAGUAUGCAAAAAAGAGAAUACGAGAAAGCUGACGACUCCUCUCGCCGAAAAUCCUCUGGUAGAUCAAGCAUGCAUGGGUCAAGUCGUCAAACGGGUUCUGGUAACUCUGGAGUGUUGAUGGUUGGACCAAAUUUUAGAGUUGGAAAGAAAAUAGGAUGUGGAAAUUUUGGAGAACUUAGAUUAGGGAAAAAUUUAUACAACAAUGAACAUGUGGCAAUCAAAUUGGAACCUAUGAAAUCUCGAGCUCCACAGCUUCACUUAGAAUACCGCUUUUAUAGACAACUAGGACAGUCAGAGGGCAUUCCAAAUGUGUAUUAUUUCGGACCAUGUGGCAAGUACAAUGCUCUGGUACUUGAGUUACUUGGACCGAGUCUUGAGGAUCUGUUUGAUCUAUGUGAUAGAAAGUUCUCCCUCAAAACAGUUCUCAUGCUUGCUGUACAAAUGCUUCAUCGCAUGGAAUAUAUACACUCCAAGCAUUUAAUAUACAGAGAUGUUAAACCUGAAAAUUUUCUAAUUGGUCGAAAUUCCACACGGAAACAGCAUAUCAUUCAUGUGAUAGACUUUGGUUUGGCGAAAGAAUAUAUUGAUCCAGAAACACAUAAACACAUCCCAUAUCGGGAACACAAAAGUCUGACAGGCACUGCCAGAUAUAUGAGCAUAAAUACACAUCUCGGGAAAGAACAAAGUCGCAGGGAUGACCUCGAGGCCCUGGGUCACAUGUUCAUGUACUUCCUGCGGGGGAGCUUACCCUGGCAAGGUCUAAAAGCCGACACACUCAAAGAAAGAUACCAAAAAAUAGGCGACACUAAAAGGGCAACUCCAAUAGAAGUCCUUUGUGAAAACUUUCCAGAGGAACUAUCAAAGUACCUACAGUAUGUGCGGCGACUAGAUUUUUUCGAGACUCCAGAUUACGAUUAUCUCCGAAAGUUAUUUAUGGAUCUGAUGGAGAAGAUGAACAUUGAAUGUGACUGGGAAUUUGACUGGGUCGGACGCCAGGUACCAACACCAGUAUCAAAUCGUGAUCAGGACACGACUGUUUCCCCACAUCGAGAUAAUCAGAACAUGAGAGAACGACAUGCAACUAAUGCAAAGGGAAGCUCAAAUCAGCGUGGCAUGGCGUGGUGUGAACCCACGCGGGGCCACGGUGGCAACUAUUUGGGCUCAAACCUAGCCGCAGAUAGACACGGUGGCUCUGUCCAGGUUGUCAGUUCACAUAAUGGAGAGCUAGCUCCAGAUGACCCAACUGCUGGGGCAUCUAAUACACCGAUCACAGCCCAACAAGAAGUGGAAGUCGUAGAUGAGACAAAGUGCUGCUUCUUCCGAAGGCGUAAGAAAAAGCGUGUAAGGCGGACUUGAGCAUCAAUAUGACAUUUCAUCAGCACGUCUCGCCCCCCAGCGCCAUCUAUACUUAUUUAAAGUUUCUGUGCACAUGUCUUUCUUUCUGAUAAGAAAAAUACUAUAUGCUUUUUAGGCUUUAAGUGCUUUUAAAGCCAUUCUAUGUUGAAAAAACUUUUUUAAAAAUACAAAGUGAAAAUCAUGACAAAAUGAUGUGGAACAGGGAUCAUGUGUUUAAAAAAGUGAAUUAUUGAAUAAAAAGUGAUAACACAGACUUCUUAGUGAGAAAAAAAAAAAGAAAAAAAAAAGUUCAAGUAUUGUGAAAAUGUGUUUGUAGUGAAAUUUUAACUUGUUUCAUUUUAUAUUGUGCUGGAAAAAAAUAAAUAUGUGAACUUCUUUGUAAAAGAAGUAUGUCCUUGAUUGGACAGGUUUUAAUCAGUUUUUGCAGCAUGUUAAACUGAGGUUAUUAUGAUAUUUCUUCUGUUACUUCUUAAGAUGUUGCUGCUUCCGACGUACAGUGAAGCGGACACGUCACAAAGAGAAGCGCAGGAAAUGACGGCUAGGGUUUGGCCACGACUUGGAUACAGCCCCUCUACAUUCAUCACCAGAUGAGGAUUCCUCACCACCAGUGUUCGGGACGCGUCUUGCUAAUUUAGGAUUUGCUAACCAGUCUUUUUUAUGACAACAAUAUUGUCAUAGAUUAUUCUACAAGAAGGAAAAAAAUAAAGAAAUUUUGCUUAUUUUUAAAGCUUCUGGAAAACAUAGAUAUAAAAUGAUAAUAAUACAUACCCUUGGUUCAGUUGGCAUGUUCUAAAUAAAAAAUAGUCACAAAUAAAAAGGAAAAUUAUGCUAAGGCAUUCAUUAAUUUUUCUACAAAAUAAUAUGGAUUGAACAAUAGUAAAAUCUUGUUGGAAAAUCUGUGAUUUAUAGUGAUUGUUACAGAUGGACCCAAACCUUAUGUAUUUGAAUUUAUCAAAUUUGUUAAUAUAGAAUAGUACUGAAUUUACACCUUGCAUGAUAGAUGUGCUUUUUUGACUUCAGCUGGUAUUGAAACUGGUUUAGUUUGAAAAUUGAUAGUCAUUUUGAACAUUUUACUGUAAAGUAGUGUUAAAUUUUCAUUAUGUUUUUACUAUUGAAGUGCUUUCUCAAACAACUAUUGAAAAUUUAUUUUUGUUCCAGUUAUUUAAGUUGUUUAUAUUAGUUUAGUUUUAGGCAAUGACUUGGAUUUUUAUACAUUUUGUGAUAGAGAAAAAAAAUGUGUCAAUACUGUUUGAAAGUGAGAGAAAUUAAAUUUGAGUGCUGAGAAAAGGAAGGGAAAAAAUUAUAAUUCACUAAUUGUCAAGAAAAAUGAAGACAUUUUUACCAAGUUUCUUGUAUAUCACUGUAUAGUUUUCAGUUUUCUCCAUUGUAACAAUUAUAGAUAAAAGUUUGUUUAUUUUGAUUCAUAAUAUAAAUAUCAGAUUUUUAGUUUAUUACGGAAGGAUAAAACAUUUAUUUUUAAGUUUUGUGUGUGUUUUUCUCUCUUUUUUUGUGCCAUACUCUGCAGAAAUAUAUUAUGGAAAUAUGUUCAAAGUGCUACUUUCAAAAAGGAAAGGGUGUGAGUUGGAUGCUGUAACAUAAGUUUAGAAGAACUAAUUACAAAAAAAUAUAUAUUACAACAAAUAUGUAACAUUAGUUAAGAGAAACUAUUGAAAUUUCAAAAAAAUAACAGCAAUUGUUUCUGCAUAUAUUGGACAGUUAGUUGAAAAGUCGUACUCCAGUAAUUUUGAAUUAAGAUACAAUUUCUUAGACUGAAUGCUUGUAUUUUUAAAGCAUCAAGUAAUCUGCAGUAUUUAUUUGAUUUAUCUAUUAUCAAAAUAUGGAACCCCUUGUAGGCCUGGAUUAUCCAAAAUACUUAACAAAUUGGGACUUAACAAGCAUAAUGUGGAAAGUAUGUAUUCAAAUUGUGGCCAAACGUGGGACAACUGAUUUUGUAGAGUAAUAAAACAUUGUCACAUUCUCAUAUUUACACUUAUCAUAUGCUUUAAUCAUUUCAUUAUGUAUUGAUGAACUGUUAAUAAUAGCAAUAUGAGUCACUGUCAAUAUUGAAAACUAAAAUGGACAUAACGAAAAUAUUUGCAGGAAAAAAUAAAAAUUUUGAUGCUAGAUAGGUAGUGGUUUUAAUGUACUAACUGGAUUUAUAUAUAGAUACAUACAUCAGAACACUAAAUUCUUGAUUUUCCACCACAUGGAGGAAAAUAUUUUGUCCUCUGAAUUGUUGUUUUUGUGUAGUUCUAGGAACUAAUAUAGGUUUGAAUGAAUUUUUCUAGAUUUAUUUCAGUAAGUUGUUGAUGAAUCCGAGUCAGUCAGUUGUUUGUAUAUCGAUCUUCAUUAUUCUAUGUAUGUUUGUCAGAAAUCAUUAUUAUAUAGAUUCUGUAGAUUUACUGAAAUAAAUAUAGAAAAUAUGUCGGCUCUAAUAAAUGACACUACCUACAGCCUUUGAUGUUCUAAUGAUGAUGUUGUUUUUGCCCCAUGCAUUGUUGAUAUGAUUACGAUACUUGAUGAUUUAAAAGAAGACAAAUUUUGAUAUCAUAAAACAGUGUAUUAUAUUCCAUAUUUAUGUUGUACUUUUCUAAUUGGAUGAGUGUAGAGCAAUGUUAGAAAAUACAAUAGGUUAAAAAUGAAUAUUUUUAAAAGCUUGUUCAAUAUUUUACUAUGUAAAACAGAAUUUCCUAUCAGAAAUAGUUUAUAACAGUUGAGGGUGUUGUUUACUUUUCUCAAGACUUGUAAAACUUGUUAUGAAAGCAUGGCAAAAUUUAAUAAUCAAAAUUCAUUUUGUACAGUAAGUAGAAAAUUUAGGACAAUUUCUUACACUUUACAAAAUAAAAGUAAGGUAGGGUUUGUUUAUUUUUAGAUUUCAUAUUUAGACAAUCUUAUCAAGUAAAAUGCUUCAAUCACCAAUUUCACAUUUCUUGACAUUAAGGGAGGUAAUAAGAUGGUUACAAUGACAAGAUUACUUCUUGUCUAGGUAGUUCUACACUAUAGUACAAACAUUUAGAACAAAUUUUGUGUAAUUUAAAAUUAAGUAGAGUUGUAAACAUUAUAUGUAUAAUGCACAGUCUUGAUGUUCCCCACUUCUAUUAUCAUGUACUAUAUAUGAUAUGUAAACAAUAUGUGUUGAUUGAUCACAGGGUUUGUUAGAAUUAAGAAAAAAAUAAUUAUUAUAUACAGUAUACUUUUCCUAAUCGAGCUACUUCAAAAAGUUUCAAAUUAUGCCAAUUUUAAAGAACCAAAUUGUGAAUUAAAGGGCAAAAAUUGGUCCACCACUCUCACGACCAUUUCAUUAUUGAGACCUUUAACUAUUAAAUUAUAUAGACUGGAAUAAUAUGGACAAGAUUAUUAUUAGUUUUGUUUUUACUGUAAUGUCAGGUCGGGAUGUAUUUACACAAACAAUAAAUCAUCUAAAUACUGUUUGUAUACAAAAUUUUGAUAUAUUAGGGAGAGUGUCAACAGUCUACAAUCAGUUGCGUCACUGUGACACUGACCUGUAUAUACCUGCCCAUUUAUAUACACAAUGUUACAGUGGUAGGCAAAUAAUGUUCAUCUAUGUACUGUUGUAAUUGACAAUGAAAAAAAACAAAAAACAAACAAUGUGUGUAAUCUUUAGUGUUAUGUAGAGAGAGAUAAAUGAUUGGGAUCUAAUGAGUGACCUCUCAGGGAUGAUAUUGUACGUAACACACAGUAAUUUACCCAUGACCGAACCUGUGAUCUGAAUGUACAACUUUAAUAAUAUAUAAACCUUACAGUAUCCAUACAGUCUUACAUUUUUCAGUUUUUUCUGAGAUGGUUAACUUGCAUGUGUCACAUGACUAUAGUUUUCUUAGGUAGAAAAGAAAAUGAUUAAAAAUUCAGUAUGAAAUGUAAGUAAAAAAGGAAUCACAGUAAUGCUAAAAGUGUUUGUCCAAAUUUGGUAUAAUCUAUAUAGAAGGCAAAUAUCCCAUGUAAGGAUUGGGUUUAUUUUACCAAUAUUUGCAUAAAAUCUGUUAAAGAAAAGGACAGAUAUUCCAUUGGCAUUUUACUUUCUUUUUUCAAAGUGAUGUACAUUUCUUUCGAGUUUGUUUGCAAAAAAAAAUCACAAACCUUUAUAAUCAUUUUUAUAUGUAUUUUACUUAAUUUACUUGAAAAUUUAUUUGCUUCACAGAAAGCUAUGGAAACAAAUAAAUAAGAAUAAAUAUUGAAAAAAAAUGUUUUAUUUAUUGUAUUUUCUUUCUAUGUGUUUAUAUUAUAUAUUAUAUUAUGAAAAUAUUUAGGAACAGUGUUUCCUAAGUGUGUGUAAAUGUGCAAAAUUAAUAAUAUUUUUAAUGUUUGGGCUUGUAUUUUGAAAUAAAAACAACAUUAAAUAUUGUUAAAAUGGGAGAGGAGGUUUAAAAAUAAUGAGAAGUGAUUGGGUCAUAAAACUUUAUACUUGAUUCAUGUGAUUGUUUGAGUGAUGCAUUUUGUUUUAUGUUUGGUUUUUUUCUUCUCUUCUACUAAGUUUUCUUUUUUUAACACAUCAAGAUAGAGUGAAAAUAGUAAAUUGGUUAUAUUUGAUAUGUUAAUAUUUGUAUAUAAAUGUUUCAUUUAUAUUCAUAAAUGUAUAUACAGUGUAAUAUGUCUUUGUUUUAACAUUUAAAAAAAUGCUUUGAAUGAAUGAAACUUCUCACCAAUAAACAUUUUAAAAGUAAAA